AUCAGCGUUUACUGAUUUCGCACUUGAAGAGUAAAAGCCUUUGCGUUUCUUCAACAGCUCUGGAACUGAAUCCAAGAUGCAACAGGGUGGAGGAUCUGAAACGGAGGUGACAUGGGAGGACCAGCAGAACAUCAACAAGUUCGGGAGAUUGAACAACCGGUUUCACGAACUUGAGGACGAGAUCAAAGUUGCAAAGGAAUCGAACGAUAACUUGGAGGAUGCAGGGAAUGAAUUAAUUCUCACAGAUGAGGAGGUGGUGCGAUUCCAGAUAGGUGAAGUCUUUGCCCAUGUUCCAAAAGAAGAAGUGGAGAACAGGAUAGAAGAGAUGAAAGAGGUAACCAGCAAAAAUUUAGAAAAACUCCAGGAAGAGAAGGAAUCUAUUCUUUCACAGAUGACUGAAUUGAAGCAAAUAUUGUAUGGAAAGUUCAAGGACUCGAUCAAUCUAGAGGAGGAUUAAAGCAGACCUGUAAUGGAUUUGUUGUGCUAGUGUUUCCUUGCUACUUUCGUGCUGCUAUGAAUUUUGUUAUGCUAAGAUUUUUCUAAAAUAGAUGAAUGAAAGUGA